CAACGGUAGUCACGUGAUGAUUCCCUCUGCUAUCUUCUGGAACUGCUUCUUCAAGUUGCUUUUUUCAGUUUUUUCAAAGCAUAAUUAUUUUACAGUGUUAGUGCUGUGAAUUACAUUGUGAUAAUUAGAGCUCGCAAAAUAUGCACUAAAAAAAUAAAAAAAUAUGCAUGCAAAUAUGUACAGAAAACUGUUAAAAUAUGCACUAAAAAACUUGGUGUUAUGUUUUCUAACAUGCAGUUAUGAAAUAACAAAAUAAUAAAGUCAUACAUUAUUAUUAUUAGCGUUAAAUCAAAAGCGUUAAAUUCUAAAUUAUCUUUACCGCUAAAAUUUUCUGUUUUUGAUAACUUUCAGUUGUUUUAGUAUUGUGCUCUUUGAAUUUAAUAAAAAAAUAUACUCAAUCUAAAAAAAUUGUUUCUCUUUUAAUAUUGGCUACCUCUGGUGGAUAUGUUGGCGACUUCAGUAAUUGAAAAUUUGGCAACACUGGUUUACUUCUUCCAGUUGAUUUUUACAAACCAAUAAUUGCGCAGUGAUGUGAUAACUGAUAAUGGAACAUUUGAACUUGAUCUUUGUGUUAUUGUGGCUACAACCAUUUUUAAUAACUACAGAAAUUAGUAAUUAUAAUUCGAUGUUGAUAAAAGACUUAAAAAUUUCCAAAUGUUCAAAUAAUGAUUACCCCGUGACCGUAAAUAAUGUCACACUUGUAAUGGGCUCAAAACCCAAAAUUAAAGUCACUGGGAGUCUGAGUUCCAAAGUUGAUCUAGUAGGUCCUGUUAAAGCUUCUUUAUGGAUAGAACGUGACAUUUGGGGGGUUUGGAUACCAGUCCCUUGUGAGAACAAUUUAGGAUCUUGUACUUAUGAAAAUUUGUGUGAUUACGGAUUUCCGAUUGGUAAAACUUGCUCGGAAAUCUUUAUUAAAAACAAUGUGCCAUGUAGAUGUCCCAUUUCGAAGGGGAAUUACACGAUUUUGCCAUCACUUGAUGUUUCAGUGUUGCCAACAUCGAUUUUAUCAGGGACUUACAAAGGUAUUGUGAAAGUAACACAAAAAGGAUUGUUAUUAUCGUGUUACAAUGUUUAUUUUGUCUUAUAUGAUGAAUUAGAUAAUGAAGUGUAUUCAGUUACACAAGUAUAAAGACUUUUUUUAUUAUUUUAAUAAAAUCAAUUACUUUUU